AUGGCGGAGGAUAGGAACGAUACCAUCGGGGCCUUGCUCAUCGCGACGCUCAUCACCGCCGUAGGGUAUGGAGUAACGUCCAUGCAAACGUACCAAUGGUACCGAGCGUUUCCUCACGACCCGCGGAUCAUACGAUGGGUUGUGUCGUCUGUAUGUGUGCUCGAUACGCUCCACAUCAUACUCAUCAUGCACAUGAUCUACUACUACCUUGUUACGAAUUAUGACAACCCAGACGCAUUGGCAGAGUCCGUGUGGAGCUGGGAUCUCAUCGACAAGCUAACGUAUUGGACGGUGAACAACGGACUUCUCACAAGUGUAGUGGGCCUCGCUGUAAUCAUCACCUUCGUGACCAUGCCAUACAACAUGAUCUACAUGGCGCUGCAUCCGCUGCUUAGCAAACUCUACGCCAACUCCCUCUUAGCGACCCUGAACUUCAGAAGCAUCCACCGCGACGAAGUCAGUCGCGACGUCGAUGCGGCUAAUGACGCGGGCAAGUUCCAAGUAGGAAUGGGACAUGUUCGCUCGCGAUCGACGACGGUGUGCUCGUGCAGAGGGGGCCCGGAUCUCGAAUCGUCUCCGACAGACACGAAGGCAGGUUCGGGGAAGGACGAUGAGCAGCACGCGGCGAAGGAAGGGACGAGGACCACUGUUCGGUCUGUGCGGGUGGAAUCAUACGAGGGCAAGGCCGACAGCAAUGAAAGCGUGUCCCAGACGGCGAGUGAAGUGUAGAUGAAGGGCAUAGCAGACGGGGUACACAUACGCUAGUAAGCAACACAGGCGGCACCCAACCACAGGAGCAGUAAGGAGGACCAGAAAUCAGACUUGUACUUAGUAAUGAUGCUCCCUGAAAAGCAAACAUAUCAGAAAUGGCCGCGCAAGACGUCUCACAGGCCAUGAAGCUUGAUGCAUACCUGCGAAGCUGCAGUUUGUCGUUCAUUUGUCUGUCACAGCUACUACCACACAGUAGCAGCCUGAGUAAAUUGGCAUGACCGAGUCGGAAGGACUGCUUUACAAAGCAAUCCCAGGCACCAGGCCCUAGGUGCGGGCAGGAGGAGCCGGCAGGAGGGUCCAAAUGGGCUAAGACCAGGGCCAAGUACGGCUGUUUCCUCCGUGCCACAAGCCGCAAGACACUGCCACUGCCGCUGCCCGUCAGAGAACCGACAAAAUUGAACG